GGAUUCCUGUCUGGUUCCUGUCGGUAGAGGCCGGGAUGGAUCGUCCAGUCCCAUGGCCCCUGCGCUUCUCGGCCCUGUGGACGCAGGGGGAAUCCUAGCAAUUUGCGCCCUCUCUGCCGGGAGUCCCGGACGGCAGCUGAUGACGUGGAUCUGCCGAUUUCUGUCAGGAUCGGUUUGAUAAAUGCCAGUUUACAGACUGAGCUUCACAGAGAACUGAGAGGAUGUUGCUGUGGGCCGUGGUUAUCCUGAAUUUGGGGACUUUGUCCAUGUCGCUGCCUCAGAUCAGUGACAAGAACUUCACUGCAGAAUGCGUGAGGGAGCACAACGAAGCCCGCUCAGCUGUCAGCCCAUCUUCGAGCGACAUGCUUUACAUGUCAUGGGACGAAGCGUUGGCCGUUACUGCCAGAGCAUGGGCCAAACACUGCCAAUUUAAGCACAACAUCUACCUGAAGGAGGUCCAGCGUGUGCACCCUACCUAUCAUUCCGUAGGAGAGAACAUAUGGGUGGGGACCCCCCCGUCAUACUUCAGCGUAAAGGGAGCCUUGAGAAGUUGGGUGAAUGAAAAGCAGUUUUACAGCUACGAGGCAAACAGCUGCAAAGGCAUGUGUGGUCAUUACACACAGGUUGUGUGGGCAAACAGCUACAAGGUUGGCUGUGCUGUCCAGCUCUGCCCAAAUGGCAUUAAAAACUUCGAUGGCCGUGAGGGUGCCAUUUUCGUAUGCAACUACGCCCCAAGCGGUAAUUGGUUUGGAAAAAAGCCUUAUGCUGAGGGGAAUUCCUGCUCUAAAUGCCAAGACAUUUGUGAGCACGGUCUCUGCCGGAGUGGAGAACGAGACAAACUAAGAAGCUACAGCUGGACUCCGGACUGGGACCCCGACAACUUUAGCAAAAAUUUUAAAGUUAUCCUGAUUGUCCGGCCCAUUUUCCUCAUCCUGAUAUGCAUUUCUGCAUACGCUGUCCGUUAUUUUUACCCUGAUGUCUUCUGCUACGAGUAGACCUUUUGUUGUUAAAGUAGAACCAGACGGACACCUCAUUUAUUUUAGUAUUUUAUUCUUAAAAUAGUUGCAUUUGUUCUUGAAUUGAGGAGGUCAGUGAGACACUUUGCCAAUUGAACAACAUCAUUUACAUAUGAAAUAAGAACAAAUAAUUGCAUUGUCUUAUUUGAAGUGCAUUUUAUCUAAUUAUCUUAUUUUAAGAGUAAAAAUACUCAUUCCGUUUGCAAAUUAUCUUAUUUACCUACUCAAAUUUAAGGGUAAAUACACUUCAGAAAUGUUGACUUAUUUCUAGAUCAUUUUUGCAGUGUACCACUGUAUUCAAGAUUUCUUCCCCCAAAAACGAACAGAUUUUUAACAUCAAAGAGAGGCUGAUUUCAAACUGCAGAACACCAUGGAAUCUGAUGUAAUAUAUUUUUCUUAAAGUCUUGUAAUGGACAAGAAUAAACAAAAAUAUCCCCUUAAAGACAAACAAUGGGUAAAAUCCACCAAGCCAAGUAAAACUGGACAAUAACAGGUUAAAAAAAGAAACUUCUCCAGGUCGCAUCACUCAUUCCAGCUGCAACAUUCAGGUAGUAGGGUCAGGAUUGAGUUGCACAUGAAAGGAUGCUGCUGGUUAUAUAUAGGAGAAGGAUACUGGAUGAGAUGUUAACUCACCCAAAGGGGUAAA